AUGAUUGGGGCCACCAGGCGCUGGUUCCGGCGCAAUCGCAAGGGCCUCGCUAUUGGCGCCGGCGUCAUCGGAGCGGGCUAUCUCGCCGGUCAAUAUGUCUUGAACAAGAUCUCCGAGGCGCGAGAACGCAUGAGCAGUGACCGAAUCGCCCGGGAAAAUCUGCGACGUCGCUUCGAACAGAAUCAGACCGAUUGCACCUAUACCGUCUUGGCUCUCCUGCCCACCGCGACCGAGGAUAUUUUGGAAGCGUUGCCCGUGGAGGACCUGACCAAGGAAUUGCAGAAGAAACGGGCCGAGAGGCUGGCUCGGCUGAAUGUCGGCGAAGGGACAGGCUCCUCUGAUAUGAGCUCCGUCGCGCCCAGCCUGCCCGAGGAUGAUCGACGGAGCUUGUCUAGCUUGCAGAGUGAAGGGUUCGUCCGGGCGAGCCAGUUAGGGGAGUCGGCUUUGGAAGGCGAAGGAGCGGCUCAGCCGAAGCGGAACAAAACCCAGCUCUGGAAUGAAGUCAAGAUUACUUCAAUUACGCGCGCCUUUACUCUCAUCUACACCCUCUCCCUGCUGACCAUCUUCACCCGAAUCCAACUCAACCUCCUCGGCCGUCGGAACUACCUGUCCAGCGUCAUCUCUCUGGCCACGCCCCCGGCCGAUACCCCGACGAUUCGCCUGGAGGACCAUGACGACGAUGACCUCACGCAGACCUUGGGCAAUGACUUUGAGACCAACCGGCGAUAUCUGGCGUUCAGCUGGUGGCUCUUGCACCGCGGCUGGAAGGAGCUUAUGCAGGAGGUACAGGCGGCUGUGACCGAGGUCUUCGGCUCGCUCAACCCCCGGGAGGAUAUCGCGUUGCCGAAACUGUCGGAGCUGGCGCUGGAAGUCCGGAAACGGGUCGAGGGCAAGACCGAGGAGGAGCGAAAGAGUCGGAAAUGGCUGGCCUACCUGCUUCCCCCCCGCGAGGAGGAAGAUCAGCUGUUGGAGGACUCGGGAGUUCUGGGGGUGACAGAACCAACCUCCGCCCAGACCACAUCGGCCUUGCGCCACCUCAUCGACGAGACGGCCGACCUGAUCGAGUCUCCCACCUUCACGCGCGUCCUGACGCUCCUGAACAACGAGUCCUUUGAGACCUUGAUCCGGCAGUGCACGGCGGACGCCUUCAAGACGUCCGCGUCCGAAACCGACCCCCGAUCGUUCACCUCCGUGGCCACGGUGGUCCCCACGGUCGAGCCCCGGGCCAAGCUGGCGAACGUGCUGGCCGUGAUGGCCCGCCAGGCCCAUGUCAUCGGGAACGGCACCAACCCGCCCAACCUUUACCUGGCGGCCAUGGACCAAGGCGUGCGCGAGCUGGAGGCGUUUGCCGCGACGCAGACCCAACCCCCGGGUCUACCGCGUCUCACUCAGACCACGGAGCGCAGGCUCAUGGCCAAGAUCGACUGGCACCUGGUGCCCUGUCUGUGUGUCAUGUACCUUUUGGCGUUCCUCGACCGGGUAAACAUCAGCAACGCAGCGGUGCUCGGACUCCCAGAAGACCUGGGCAUCGUCGAAGGAACCAAGUACAACACGGCGCUCACGAUCUUCUUCGUCCCCUACGUGAUCUUCGAGAUUCCGUCGAAUAUUUUGCUGAAGAAGCUUAAGCCGCAUGUGUGGUUGUCGAUGUGCAUGUUCCUUUUUGGUCUCGUGACUAUUUUCCAGGGUUUGGUUACCAGUUGGGGUGGUUUGAUGACGACGCGUUGGUUUCUAGGCAUGUUUGAGACGGGCAUGUUCCCGGGAUGUUUCUAUCUACUGGGAAUGUGGUACAAGCGCAGCGAGGCCCAAAAGCGAUUCACCUUCUUCUUCAGCUCCACGACGCUAGCCGGCGCCUUUGGGGGCCUGUUGGCCAGCGGACUUGGCAAAAUGGGAGGUAUUAGAGGAUACAACGGCUGGCGGUGGGUGUUCAUAUUCGAGGGUCUUUUGACCUGCCUCGUCUCGUUUGCCUUGUUCUUCAUGCUCCCUGACUUUCCCGAGGAGUCUAAGUGGCUUACUGACGAGGAGCGCGAGUUCCUCCGGGUCAAGCUGGCUGAGGAUGUGGGUGAUGCGGGGCAUGAAACGGUAUUGACCUGGCGUGGUGUGUUGAAUGUAUUCAAGGACUAUCUUCAUCGGGGGGUUGAUGUAUUUCGGGCAGAUUGUUACAGCUUAUGGCUAUGCGUUCUUCGCACCAACGAUCAUCAGGAACUUUGGCUACACCCGUACCCAGCCAUCAUGACCCAGCUGUACUCGAUUCCCCCAUGGGCAGCAGCCUGGGGCUUCUCAAUGCUCAUCGCCAUCCUGUCCGAUAAGCUACGCCAUCGGUUUGCAUUCACCAUCAUUCCCAUGUUAAUCGCCAUGGCGGGCUUCGCGAUCCUGCUGAACGUGCACGGGAUCGAAAACCGCCAGGUCCAAUACGGGGCUCUGUUCAUGAUCACCUGCGGCUGCUACAGCGCCAUGCCGGUGGUUGUCUGCUGGUUCGUCAUGAACCUCGGAGGACACCGGCGGCGGGGUGUAGGUACGGCGUGGCAGAUUGGAUUCGGUAAUGUUGGGGGCAUUAUCGCGACGUAUUCAUUCUUGAAGAAGGACGACCCGUUGUACCGCAAUGGCUACAUCAUCAGUGUGUCCUUCCUCAGCUUUUCGGCGGCAUGCUGCAUCUCGUAUUUCGUGGCUAUCUGGAUGGAGAAUCGGCGACGGGACCGGCUAGCGGCCAACGGGACGGCGCCUGAGGAGCAGGACCAGAACCAGGAGCUCCUUGGAGAUAUGGCUGUGAACUAUCGCUAUGCAUAUUAG